AUGAAAGUAUUAUUUGAAGGACAAUUAAGGUUUUGUGUUGUUCAACCAAUACAUCUCACAUCAUGGCUGCUCAUAUUCUUUAUUCUGAAGUCUAUCUCUUCUCUAAAACCUGCCCGACUUCCAAUUUAUCAAAGGAAACCUUUUAUAGCUGCUUGGAAUGCUCCAACGGAUCAGUGUUUGAAAAAAUACAAUAUAAGACUAAAUUUGAAAAUGUUUCAGGUGAUUGGAAGCCCACUGGCCAAGGCCAGGGGACAAAAUGUCACCAUAUUUUACGUCAACAGAUUGGGAUACUAUCCAUGGUAUACAUCACAGGGGGUUCCCAUUAAUGGGGGUCUCCCUCAGAACAUAAGUUUGCAAGUACAUCUAGAGAAAGCUGACCAAGAUAUUAAUUAUUACAUCCCUGCUGAAGAUUUCAGUGGACUUGCUGUUAUCGACUGGGAAUAUUGGCGACCCCAGUGGGCCCGUAACUGGAACACAAAAGACGUCUACAGACAGAAGUCAAGAAAGCUGAUUUCUGAUAUGCAAGAGAAUGUAUCAACUACUGAUAUUGAAUAUUUAGCCAAAGCAACAUUUGAAGAAAGUGCAAAAGCUUUCAUGAAGGAAACCAUCGAAUUGGGAAUGAAGAGUAGACCCAAGGGCCUAUGGGGUUAUUAUUUAUAUCCUGAUUGCCACAAUUAUAAUGUUUAUGCCCCGAAUUAUACUGGGUCAUGCCCGGAAGAGGAAGUGUUGAGAAACAAUGAGCUCUCUUGGCUCUGGAAUAGCAGUGCUGCUUUGUAUCCUUCUAUUGGUGUCAGAAAAUCUCUUGGAGACAACGAAAACAUUUUGCGCUUCUCGCAAUUUCGGGUGCACGAAUCCAUGAGGAUCUCCACCAUGACAUCCCACGAUUAUGCUCUGCCUGUGUUCGUUUACACAAGGCUAGGCUACAGGGAGGAACCUUUAUUUUUUCUUUCUAAGCAAGAUCUAAUCAGUACUAUCGGAGAAAGUGCUGCCUUGGGAGCUGCGGGCAUUGUUAUCUGGGGAGACAUGAACUUAACUUCAUCUGAGGGUAACUGUACAAAGGUGAAGCAGUAUGUGAGCUCUGACUUAGGGAGCUACCUAGUCAACGUGACCAGAGCUGCUGAGGUAUGCAGCCUUCACCUCUGCCAGAGUAACGGGAGAUGCGUAAGGAGGAUGUGGAACUCUCCGGAUUACCUUCACUUGAACCCUGCAAAUUACCACAUAGAAGCCUCCGAGGAUGGAGAAUUUACCGUGAAAGGAAAAGCAUCUGAUACAGACCUGGAAGUGAUGGAGGAGAAAUUUUCCUGUCACUGUUAUCAGGGAUACGAAGGAGCUGACUGCAGAGAAACGAAGACGCUGGAUGGCUGCUCUGGGGUGUUCUCUUUUUCUGGCUCACUGAUAACACUAUGCCUGCUGGUUUUAGCAGGUUAUCAAAGCAGUUGGUUGUGA